AUGAAGAGCUCACGUGAAAACUAUACUGGCGACCGUCUAACUAUCAAUAUUAGCGGUACAAUCUAUCAGACACGAGAGCGAACAUUAGCACGCUUUCCAGAUUCAUUACUUGGCGAUCCAAUGAAAAGACAGAAAUACUACUGUGCUAAACAACAUUCAUACUAUUUCAACAGACACAGACGCGCAUUCGACAGUAUACUAUACUACUAUCAAUCUGGCGGGAGGCUUGUUAUACCAAGAGAUAUACCUCUAAGAUUAUUCUUUGAAGAAGUUGAAUUCUUUGGUUUGGGCGAUGAUGCUUUGUGUUUGGUCAGUAAAGGUCUUUAUGCGAGAAAGAUUAAAGUGAAGGAGAACUUAAUGCCAAUUGGAGCAACGCAGCGCAGGAUAUGGGAAACAUUUGAAUGUCCUGAAUCAUCCAAAGUUGCUAAAGUUUUGAGCGUGUUUUGUAUUGUUAUGAUUGUAUUAUCCAUUGUACUCUCUUGUUUAACUACAUCUGCAUAUUUUCAAGAUAGGUUUUGUGUUGAAUCAUGCCCUGUGCAACCAAACCUAACAGUCAUCGAACAAUGUUGCACGUUUUUCUACGAACCAAAUACAGGAAUUGCCACCCUUGAUUUGAUCUGCUAUUGUUGGUUUCUCAUAGAAUAUUUUUGUCGUUUCCUAUCCUCACCGUCAAAAAGACAAUUCAUUUUAUCGUUUCUAAACCUUAUUGAUGUUUUGGUGAUACUUCCAUUUUUCUUUACGCACUUUAUUGACACUCAGGGAAUCACUUCGCUCUCCAGUUUGUUAGGAGUGUCAAAGUUACUCCGACUUACACGGAUUAUAAAACUAUCCCGUUACUCCCGUGGCCUUAAAGCACUGGGUUCUACAUUAUGUGCAAGCUUUCGUGAACUUAAAAUGAUGAUGAUGUUUUUAAUAAUGGUGGUUAUUGUUUCCUCGUGUCUGGUGUAUUUGGUCGAGAUGAAGCACCCUCAAGCACUAAUCAAAACAGUUCCAGAUGGUUUUUGGUGGUCACUUACUACAAUAACUACUGUAGGAUAUGGGGACUAUUACCCCGUGACUGGAGAAGGGAAGCUGAUUGGUUGUCUGUGUACAAUACUCGGUGCACUUGCAUUCUCACUUCCGGUGAUCGUGCUUGCAGCGAACUUCCGGACGUGUUAUAAAUCAGAUGAUUCUAUAAGUGCGGAAUAUCAUCGCAAUCUUAGGCGUCAGGCAUAUAGACGAUGGUAG